AUGAGUCGCAAUUUCUUCCCUGUGCUUCUGGCCAUCGGUGUUGGUGUAUUUACUGGUACCUUCAACCCUGCACCCCUUCUUUCCGCACGCUACUACACCUUCCAACCAACUUUCCAGCAAAUGGCGAUCGAAAAGGGCCAAGUUCCCCAGCAACCCCCGUCUACCAGUUUAUCUCAGAAGAAAACUGAUGCGCCUGCCAAUCCUACUUCCCAUGGCUCGAAGCCUGAGACUGAAAGCAGCAGGUGA